AUGCCAGUCAUACCACAGAACAUGGAGGACAAUCCAGCCCUCACCGCGCCCAAACGCAGCCAACCACUCUUCUCCCCAGGCACAGGCGACGGCCAAGCGCUCGUCAUCUUCGUGCUCGGCGGUCCAGGCGCAGGAAAAGGAACACAAUGCUCCAAUCUGGUGCGGGACUACGCAUUCAAGCACCUCUCCGCCGGCGAUCUGCUCCGAGAAGAGCAAGACCGACCCGGCAGCGAGUUCGGCGACAUGAUCAAGACCUACAUCAAAGAGGGCCAAAUCGUGCCCAUGGAAGUCACAAUCCAGCUCCUCGAGAACGCCAUGAAUGCCGCAAUAAAAGAGAACGGCAACCGCAAGUUCCUCGUCGAUGGCUUUCCCCGUAAGAUGGACCAGGCGGAGAAAUUCGAGGAGGUGGUGGUGAAGAGCAAGUUUACCCUGUUCUUCGAUUGCCCCGAGGAGACGAUGCGUGAGAGGUUGCUCAACCGCGGCAAGACUAGUGGGCGCGCCGAUGAUAAUGAGGAGUCCAUCAAGAAGCGAUUCAAGACGUUCGUCGAGCAGAGUAUGCCGGUGGUGCAGCACUUUGAGAAGGAGGGCAGAGUGGUCAAGGUCGAUGCGAGACCGGAGCCAGCGGCGGUCUAUGAAGAUGUGCAGAAGCAGUUUGAAGCGAGAGGCGUGCAUAAGAGUAGCCAGUGA